GCCAUCCCUACUCACCGGCAACAUUGUUGGACUGCAACUCAGGGGUCCGUAUCCGUGGUUAGACGAGUCUUUUUACUUGCAUUACUCGCAGCUGAGAGGUGAGAUCUCUCCAUCUUUGCUUCAACUUCAACAUUUGAAUCAUCUUGACUUGAGUUGCAACUUCUUCAAUGGAACAAGUAUUCCAUCAUUCAUCAGUUAGUUCGAGGAGUUGAGGUACCUCAAUCUCUCUAAUUCUCACUUUGGUGGACUAAUUCCUGCUAAUUUUGGAAAUCUCUCCGGUUUGCACACUCUUGACCUCUCAUAUAAUGAUGGAGUUUAUGUUGAUGAUCCUGCGCAUCAAUGGCUUUCUCAUCUUUCUUCACUGCAACACCUUGUUGUGAGUGGUGUCAUCUUUGGCAGUAACUCAUCAAGCAGCUUGUUUCUAGCCCUGAACAAGCUUCCUUCCAUAAAGGAGAUACGUUUGUCUGGUUGUGGGCUUGAUAGCAUUCCUCUUUUCAUUCCCCAUCUCAACCUCUCAUCUCUCUCCAUCCUUGAUCUGUAUGGAAACUCCAUCGAUUUUUCAGUGCCUUCCUUCCUGGUCAACCUAAAAACCCUUCAAUAUCUAGACAUCAGUUACAAUUAUUUUGAUAUCAUCGAGCAUGAUUAUCAAUGGCUUUCUAAUCUCACUUCAUUACAACACUUGGAUAUGACUAAUAUCAACUUGAGCAGCAUCUCAAGUAGCUUGUUCCAAUUAGGUUCGAACCCAAUUGCGCCCGUUUGCCAGCCAAACCCGGUUCAUAAAGCCAACCGCACCUCCUCGAGCUUCUAAUAAAGCCUCGUUGAGCUAUCGCGGCAAUGGAGGAGCCGGAGAAGAGGCGCAUUAAUGGCGGAGGUUGCGAGCUCGGUGGUGCACGAGGUGCUGGCCCGUCAGAUGGUGGAGGUUGAUAAGGCCCAUCAUCCAACUACAUUUUCAACUUCCCUAGCUGACGAGGACUUCGACUUCGGCGUCGAUGGCAAUGGCGCUUUCGAGGCAGUCGAUGACCUCCUUGUUGAUUCCAUCUGCGUAGAGGACUACGAAGAAGGCCGAUUGGGUUAUAGAAAUCCAAGAAUUGGAGGAGGUUUAAUUUCGUUUUGGUUGUUUGGAUAUGUAGCUUUGGGGCAAAAUUUCGGAGAGGUUUGGCAAACAUGGGUUGGUUUGGUGUUAGCUUUGCUUUGCUAUAUGUUCACAUCUCUUGUGGGAAGACAUGGUAUAGUUUCUACCCUUAUUAGAGGACAAUGAAAGAUGGACUACUUUACAAGUAUUCCUAUAAUAUUUUCCCUUGUGACAAUUAAAGAUUUGAUUUUGGGGAUACACUAGUUUUGAAGUGAUGCUCAUGAUUAUUUUAGCUUGUGUUUAUAUAAUACAUGUGCUUUGAAGGUAACAUUUUGCCUAUCGUUUUCUUCACAGGAAUUUAUUGAUAAAUUCUGUUAUUAUGCUAAGCGCGCCUCUCUUGUCCAGUCUAGAAUAAAGGUUCCAUCGUUAUCAACUUGCUUCUAUUCUACUAAAAUAAUUACACUAGAUGGUGCUUGAGUACAUACUCUAUUCUCGAUUAUAAUCAACCAAAUUUUAGCUAU